AUGAGGAGUAUAUUCUCACUCGCCGUGACAUGCUUGUCCCUGUUUGGGACUGGCACAGCAAGUCCCGUUCGCGGUGGUGUUGAAGUGGUUCGCUUCAAAGGUCCCUUCACUGUUGAGGCAAAUUCGGUACAUAAUAUCCAUGUGGAAUGCUCUGACUCAUCAUGGGAAGGCGAGCUCAGUAUUGUGUAUGGCGACUGUGACAUGCAAGAAGUCCAUCACCAACACCAUGAAGUUGGCAGAACAACUGUCAAGCGACAAACAUUUCCAGAUCGCUUUGUCUGGGUAACUCCUAGCGACGCCGUUCAUGGUGGCUGUCUUCAUGCCUACUCGGGAUCAACAUUGCUUGGCCGAUCCAACCCAAUUGCCGUCUCAAGGUCUUUACGGAAGCGUCAGUCGAUUUCAGAAGUCGCUGACACAGAGGGACCUUGGUUCGAUGGGGUCUCAUUCAUGGAGUCCAAGAAUGUCUCGACCACUUUCGUGUCGGAGGCCAAGAGCAAGGAUAUCGCUAUUGUUGGAGGUGGUAUGUCAGGCGCCAUGACCGCACUGCUUCUGCAAUCUGUCGGUGUUGAAAAUUGGCAUAUCAUCGAGUCUUCUCAACGAAUUGGUGGGCGAAUCAGAACGAAAUAUUUGAAUGGAUCGAAGCCUGAAGACUAUCAGUAUCAGGAGAUGGGGCCAAUGCGGUUUCCAGUGUCAGUGAAGUACGCUGACACCAAUGAGACGUUGGAUAUUGAAGAUCAUAAAUUGGUGUUCCAACUUGCCGACUAUGUCAACAGUCUCAAUGGUAAUGACUCAGCCCUUGCGGUGAAGUUUAUCCCUUGGAUCCAGUCAUCUCCCAACGUACCUGGAAAUUCUCGAGGCUAUCGACUGCCCAACGGGCGCAUCCCAAGCGCCUCUCAACUCAGGGCAAACAGUUCUCUCGCCGGUCCGGCUCCGCAAUAUUUCGAUGAAGAUGCUGCAGAUGCCGCCGAGGAAGCUCUGUCAGAGUUCAUCAAUGCCACCAAUGAGAAGUGGCGUGCGGCCGGACGUAAUGUGUACAAAGCACAUAAACAAGCGAUUGAGGAUGGCCUCUUCUCCUGGUCUGAGGCUAACUACCUCAAAUAUGAGCUCGGGCUCGAUGCGAACCUGACUGAUUUCGUGGCUGGCGCUUCUUCCAUGUCCCCACUUUGGGGAGAUAUUUAUGACAACAAUUACUUCGCGGCAACCACGUGGCGUACGAUCGAUAAAGGCCUGAGUAGCCUUCCACGAGCAAUUACACCCCUGGUCCAAAACAAGACAACUUUCGGACGAAAGGUAGUGGGCUUGACCUGGAAUGACGAGACGAAUAAAGUCGGAGUUAAGUGGAGAGACGAUCCGUUUGCUCAAGUGCCUGAAGUUGAAGAGUAUGACUAUGCCGUCGUUGCCGUUCCCUUCACCAAGGUUCGUCUGUGGCGCAAUCCGACUUACUCGUCUCUGCUGUCGCGUGCCAUCAACACGAUGAAUUACCAACAAAGCUGCAAGGUGGCCUUGCAUUACAAGACACGUUUCUGGGAGGAACUUUCUCCACCCAUCAUUGGAGGUUGUGGAAGUACUGAUAUUCCUGGUAUUGGAUCCGUUUGCUAUCCAGCAUACAACAUCAACGGCAGUGGUCCCGGUGUCCUCCUAGCCUCGUAUCAGUCUGGCACGGGUGCACGUUCUGUAGCAGCACUCUCCGAGGAGGACCACGUCGGUCUUGUACAACGCGCCAUGGUUGAAGUCCAUGGUGAGAUCGCCGCUGAACAGUAUACCGGCAACUUUGACCGACAGUGCUGGGAAGUUGACGAGCAUCAGGCUGGUGCAUGGGCUGCGCCUUUUGUUGGACAGCAGGAGCUCUAUCUCCCUGCGUACUAUAAGACCGAGUUCAACACCAUUUUCGUCGGUGAACACACGAGCUAUACUCAUGCAUGGAUCUUCUCUGCAUUAGACUCGGCUGUGAGAGGAACCACACAGCUGCUGUUAGAGCUAGGUCUAGUGGAUGAGGCCAAGGAGAUCGUAGACACAUGGAUGGGGAGAUGGAUCUCCGUAUAA